GUUUGUUUUUUUACCAAGAGGAGUGAUUCAAAUUUACCGCGCCGUAAUGCUUGUUUCUAAUUGGUCCAACGGCAGGCGAGUUUACUCCACUAAAUUAUGACAUUGACAUUUCUCAAAUUGACACUAUUAUUUAAAAUUCAAAAAUUAUAUCGAGUUUUUGUGUUUUUGCGUUAUUCCUAUAAUUUUUUGAUUUUUCGUCUGCAUUUAUAUAAAAAAACAGUUCUUUUUAGAACUAUUUAGCGUCAUAUUAGUGUCAUUACGAUAAAAAUAUGGAUUCAAUGCCGAGUACUAGUGGUAAUUGCCCUUCUCCACCUAAAAAACGCGGAGUGAAUUUGGGUAGACAUUUAUCAUCAAAUGAAAAACAAUUCAUUAUAAAUAUGUACAAACAAAUAAAAAUUGAUGAUCCUGGAAUGAAAAUAACAGCCAUGGUAGCAAAAAUAAAGCAGGCAACAGGUAAGUUUUUCAGAAUACCGAUUGUUAAAAUCAAAGACUUACUAAGUAAUGUUCUAAUUUUAGGUGUUGCGAAUUCAACGAUUUAUAGAACCAUUAAGGAAUAUAAGCAAACUGGAACUGUAAGAUGUCCUAAAAAUAUUAGCGGUAGACCUGCUGUACUUUCAAGAUAUGACGAAAAAGUUAAAACAUCUGUACGACAGAUAGUACACAGCUUCUUUUUCAAGAACGAAAUGCCCACUUUAAAUAAAAUUUUAAGUGAAUUUAACAACCGCCCAGAUCUUCCAAACAUGUGUCGUUCAACAUUAUAUAAAUUCUUGAAGCAAAUAAAUUUUAAGUACUUGAAGAGAAGUCGAAGAAGUCAUCUUAUCGAACGUGAUGAUAUCAUAAGAUGGAGACGUCGUUACCUAACUUCUAUAAAAGAAUACAGAAGUCAAGGUAAACCAAUUUAUUACCUUGACGAAACAUGGGUAAAUGAAGGUCACACCAAAGAGAAAGUGUGGGUAGACACCGAUAUAAAAAACCGUAGACAGGCUUUUAUUGAGGGGUUGUCUACUGGUUUGAAAAAUCCAUCAGGAAAAGGAAAACGCCUCAUAGUUUUACAUAUUGGAUCAGAGUUAGGUUUUGUUAAUGAAGGACUUUUACUUUUUGAGGGAAGAAAGACAGAAGAUUACCAUGAAGAAAUGAAUGCAUCUGUUUUCGAAAAUUGGUUUAGUAAUAUCCUGCAAAAAUUACCAAAAAACGCUGUUAUUGUAAUGGAUAAUGCAGCAUACCACAGCCGAAAAUUAGAAAAAAUUCCGACAACAUCAUCAAAAAAGAAAGACAUGCAGGAAUGGUUAAAAGUAAAAAAUAUUCCUUUCAAUUUGGAGAUGGUUAGGUCAGAAUUAUUACACCUGAUACGAUUAAAUAAAAAUGAGUAUAAUAUGUAUGUAACUGAUGAGAUGGCUAAAGAAAAUGGUCAAAUUGUACUGCGGUUGCCUCCAUAUCAUUGUGAGUUGAAUCCCAUUGAGAAAAUUUGGGCUCAAGUGAAAAAUGAAGUGGCAUUAAAAAACACAACAUAUAAACUGAAAGAAGUAAAAAAUCUACUGUUACAAGCUCUGGACAAUGUAACUCCAACACAUUGGCAAAAUUGUGUUAAGCACAUCCUGAAAGUAGAGGAAAAAAUGUGUAAACUAGAUGGUAUCAUGGAUAGUGUCAUAGAACCACUAAUAAUUUCAAUUGGCAAUGAUGACAGUGACACCAGUUCCUCAGAAGAUGAAUAAUUGUAUGUUCAAUACAAUUUAUUCAUCUUCUCAGGAACUUCGCUUCAAUGUAAUUUUGAUUUAUUUGAAUUUUAACCACAAUUUAAGUUUAAAGUUAAAUUUAUUUGAGAUUUAAAUUUUUAAAAACAAAUCACAUGGUAUGAUUUUUUUGAUGGAUAUUCUUAAGUUGAUUUUAUGUUUUCGAAUGAACUAUCUUUCAAUAAAGUCGUCCCAGGAACGCAACUCAUAGAUAAGUAUUGGCAACAUCGUUUAUUUAAAGUUAUUCACUUUAAAAUGGAUAAUAUAAUGUCUGAACUGAGGCCAUGAGAGGCCUAACUGAUAUUUAAAUUACUUUACAUAAUCAAAGAAAAUGAUCAGAAGCUAACAAUGUU